AUGCCGAAGAAAAGCCGGAAGGGCAUCAAAAUCGGGCAAGCGCCAGCGCUCAGUAGACGCACCUGGGCCGAAUGGAUCAAAUUCAUCGGCAGGGAAUGCGGAGCAAGGAUCGCUGUUAUAUUGAGUGAAGCUCUGACCUUGAAACGAAAAGACAUCUCUCUCAACGGCGAGAUCCCCAAGAUCAUUAUUUCCGGGGAAACGGCAGGUGGCCGCAAGUCUCCUGGAGAAGUCUACGUGCGGAAGAAGCAUAUCGCGUGGCUAAGAUCCCUUAUCAAGUCCGGCUACAUGGUUACACGCAGGCGCAGGCACAAGCACGGAAAAGGCAAGAAUAAAACCAUCGACAUUGAAGACACCUACUACAUGCCAGAGGACGGGUUCUUGUUCGUGAGUCGUGACAAAGCAAAACGUGACCAUUUACACUAUAAUGCAGUCUAUGCCCAUAUCCGAAAGCAAGCCCCGCGCUUCCUUGAGCACCUGAAGAAACAGGGG